UUUCUGGUAGAAGCCUUCACAUGGCUUGAAAACAAAAAUGCGUUUACUAUGGAAGGAAUAUUUCGAAAAGAAGGAAGUGCUGUCAGAAUGAGAAAUCCUUGGCAAAUAUUUUGCGGACUUUCACGAAUUCCGGAUACUUAUACAGUCCACGAUGUUUGCACUUUAAUUAAACGAUUUUUUGGGGCUUUGAAGAGACCAAUCCUUGGAGAUCAUCAAGCUAAUAUUAUGAGUAAUGUGAGUACUUUAAGCAAUGAACGUGUACAGGCUGAAUCGGUUUGUUUACUAUUUUAUGUUUAUAGAGGAUGUCUUUAUUGCGGACAUCUUUUACUGAUUUAUAAAAAGUCUGCAAAUAUUUGCGGACUUAAUAAAGUCGCUAAGAUCUGCGGAUUUAGAAAAGUUUGCUAA